CAUCCUCUCUCUCUCUCUCUUCUCCCCCUUCUCUCUCCUUCAUAACCCCCUCCUCCUUCCACCAGCUCUUGUUCUUUUCAUGAGAUGCAGAGCUAGGAAGCUAGGAGAGUAGCACGGUGCUGCAGUUAUUCUAGAGAUAACUGUGGUCAGGCUGGCUACCCUUCACGCUCCCCGAUGUACCAGGAGGCUGCAGACCCUGUCAUUCAGAGCCUCGAUGAGCCAUGCCCAUCAAGCACCUGCCAAAACUACAUAGCCACCACCAUGCUGACAGCUACAAGACAGAGCCUCUCCGAUCACACAAUUGGCAAAGAUCCACAGGUCGUGAGGACAGGUCAAAGGCAGAACAGAGGGAUGAGAACUCGCCUGGGCUGCCUGUCUCACAAAUCAGACUCAUGUAAUGAUUUCACAGCCAUUCUUCCAGAUAAGCCCAACCGGGCUUUGAAAAGAUUAUCAACAGAAGAAGCCACAAGAUGGGCAGAUUCGUUUGACAGUCUCUUGUCCCAUAAAUAUGGGAUGGCUGCAUUCCGCGCCUUCCUGAAGACAGAGUUCAGCGAGGAGAAUCUGGAGUUCUGGCUGGCCUGUGAGGAGUUCAAAAAGACCCGGUCGACAACCAAACUGGCAUCCAAAGCCCACAGGAUCUUUGAAGAAUUCAUUGAUGUGCAAGCUCCUCGAGAGGUGAACAUAGACUUCCAGACACGAGAGGUGACAAGAAAUAAUGUGCAGGAGCCCUCACUAUCUUGCUUUGACCAGGCCCAGGGGAAAGUGCGCAGCCUCAUGGAGAAAGACUCUUACCCCAGGUUCCUGAGAUCCAAAAUUUACACAGACCUGCUGACCCAAACCCAGAGGAGGCUCAGCUAGAGCAGGGAUGGGACCCUCAGAAACCAUAAGCUUCCCAUGGCAGCCAAAACCAUUUCCAAAUGUGAAACUUCAUUGGUGUUUAAAAAAAGCGGUGGUAAAGGAGGAAGGGGAGAGAGAAAGGGGGAGCCCAUUUCAGAGUGUGACCCAAACGCAGUACUAGGACUCUUUGUAGAGUCUCUGUGUGUGUUUGGUUAGUGGUAGCACCUAGCAGAUUCUGGCCUAUUCAGGAUCAUAAACAUGUCCUCUGGGGUGCACUGGGUCAUCUAUCAAGAAGGCAGGUUUCCCAAAACUUACUACACUGGUUAGUUCGUAAAUAAUGCCAAUAUGAACUUUCAUCCUUCCAGACCUCUUCCCCACGCUCACCUAUCUCACAUAUUUGGAGGGGACACUAAGGGCAGUCAUGAAACUAGUGUAACUGAGCACAAUUCAAAGCAGUGCUGUCGAUCAUGUGAGGGCGUGGGCAGCUGGAACUCCAAGCUAGAGACCAUGAGGUUCCGAAAGCUACAGGCCUUGAGCUGUCUCCCCGGGUAGAACUGAUCAACUGAGUCAGCUCUUUCUUCCAUUUUUGUUGCUCACACUGUGAUGUCAGCCAUGACCUUGCUGCACCCCCUCCCUAUCUGUUGAUGCCCCCCAACCCUAAAGUCCUUCUCUUUAGGGGAGGGAAGCUGAAUGUUAUUUUCACAUGCAUUGUCAAGGAGCCAAAGUUUCCUCCCCAGGAGGCCAAACCAAAAGCCCUUACUAGAAAUGGUUCUAGUACAAAUUAUAAUUAUUAUUUGAUUGAUUUGUUUUGUGGGAGCAGAUAGGAGCCCCAGGCAUGUUGCAGGGCCCCAUUGUGCUAGGCUCUGUACCAAAACCAUAACAAAAAGAUACUUCUUGCCCCAGAAGAGCUUUGUAGUGUUGGGAGGCAACAUGUGAUGCUCCAUCAUGCUAAUUCCUAACAAGGAAGAGGAACGCAGGAGCUGCCUGUUAUGUGAGAACACACAUUUCAUGCAUUGCAUGAUCAGGCAUGACUGGGAGAGGUAAAAGUAAAGGGAUUUGUGUGCAACGUAGCACACCACACACAACACUUAAAAACAGCCUCUGUCCUGACCUCAUGCAGCAUCUGAUAACAUUGAUACUGAAGUUAUUUGUAUUUAUUGUCCAUAGACUGCUUUUAUUGAUUGAUUGCUAACUGUUCAGUGCUGUACGGACAAAUAUGGAGACGUGGUCCCUACUGUGAAAACAGACAAGACAGUGGAAACAUGUCAUGCACUGGAUGAGUCCAGUUUUGAAGCAGUAUACAAGACACUUAUUUGCUGUUGUAUUUUCCAUAUUUUUGUUGCAUAGCUUAAGGAAAGAUUAUGCACAGACAUCAACUGUGUCACACAACCACCAAGUUAUGCAUAAAUAAAUUUACAAUAGGCUCCAAUUUCUAUGUUUAGGGUAGUUUGUGGGUUUGCUAUCCAAAAAAGUUUGGAUUAAAAAUUUGAUUCAAAAUUGAGUAAACAGGAUGGCCUGGAGUCUAAAGCUGCACACAGCAAAGUAGGGAAAAGCUGCAUGGGUCUCAAAAGGUAUUGCACAUCCAUGCAUUAGGUAGGACAUAGCUUUCAAGCUCUGUUUUGAGGGAUGCUGUGCCGGGGGAGCUGCUGGAUGUAUAGCCUCUGUUCUGUAGUCAUUAUGAGGUUUCUCUCAUUAGGAUGAACGGUUUUGUUAGUGCAUCACUGUUUUUAUUCAAUAAAUGUCUUCCCAGUCCUAUCUCUAUAAUGUGAGCACUGGAUGGAAUUGACACGGGCUGAAUGGGAAGGGGAGAGGAGAGAGAGAGCUGAUGCAUGGUUAGGUGCAGAGUGGCUUAGCUUUACUGAACAGGAGUUCACUCAUAUGCCAUUGCCGUUGACCAGUAACCAAAGUUUUGCAUGGUGGUGACACUUGGGCUCCAGGUGACUGGGUAUUUGUGGUUCAGGAAUCACAAUGAGGGUGGGGAGCAUGGUUGUCUCAUUUCAGAGUCAUGUGCAGCAGGUCAGAGUUCUUAGGCACCAGAGGCUAUAUGCUGUAUAGGGAAAAUGUGUUUUCUAAGGAAAGAUUACCUUACAGCAUCUGACAGCACUGUUAUUCUAAAACUGAUUCUCUACUUUUCAUUUUGCAGACCACUUUGUAAGAGCGAGACCCUCUCAUGUGUCAAUUUUCAUUCUAUUAGAGGGACUAUCAGAAAGGGCAUUGAGCCCUAUGAUCUGAGAACCAUUGUUUACCGAUGUCCUUCACAACUGGAUUGUAAAAUAAGUGGCAGGGACUGGAACACAGGUUUGCAAGGUGUGUGCAACUGAGCCUGUGUAACGCUGACAGAUCCCGGUUGUCAGCGGGCAGGAUCGAAGCUGGGGCCUCUGGAGCUUAGUGCAUGAGCCUCUACCGCAUGAGCUAAAUGCUGUUAGCUAAGCCUAUAGAGCAGGCUCAUUUUAUCUCUCUGUCUCUCUCUCUAGUGGUCUCACUAGGUGCCACUAGAUGGGACACAACACCACACCCAGGAGGUGUGUGGGUUACAUCUGCACCCAAAGGCAGGCCCUAUAGUACAGCCCCUCUAUCUAUUUUCUUUAAAAGUACCUCUAGAACAGUGGUUCUUAACCUGGGGUGCAUGCACCCCCUGGAGGUGCGAGAUGCCCUUUCUGGGGGUGAGAGACAUGCCAGAUUUUUUUAGAAGGUAAAUCAUCGAAAACACAAGUUAGUCACAGGUACGUAAGUAGAACUAUAUUUUAUCAAACCUAUGUAUUUAUUAACAUUAUACAUUUUAACGAUUACUGUAAUAUACAAAUAAAAAUAUAUGUAGGUUUAAAGAACUGACCUACUUCAAUGAAUUUUGAUAAGGGGUGCGAGAACGUAUUUUGAGAACCAAAGGGGUGCAGGCUGCAGUAAAGGUUAAGAACCACUGCUCUAGAAUCUAUCAUGAAUUCCCGUAGUCUAUACAUUUUGUCAACCUAGCAAACAAGAUUGCAGAGGUAACUAUCUCAGGAACCUUGUGCAAGGCACUAGAAGGAAUCAAAGACUGAUGAAAUUAUUCUUUGAUUAUUCCUGGGCUAUAUUUUUGUCCUACUAAACAGAAUUAAACCACAUAUACAUCCCCAUUGUGCUGCAGAUGUAAGAUAAAAGUGCAAGGGGGGAGGGUGGGGGAGAUCACUGAGAGACGCUGGGGAAAAAAUUUACUCACAUCACUCCACAGGGUUCAUGGAACAUUCUGAAUGUGUUUUCUGUGCAAUUGGAGGCAGACACCAAGAGAGAGCUACUGAGGAAUUGAGGUGAACUCUUCUCCCUGUGACACAAGCUGUGGCACCCUCAUUUAGGGCUAUGCUGUCUUUAGAUGUGGGGAGCUCCUGUUGAGUUAAGUCGAAGUCAAUGGGAGCUGGAUGCACAGAAUUUGCUCCUUAAUGCAGAAGUGUCUAGGUGACUCCUUGCAUGAACGUGAACUGGUGCAUGAAACCAAUGACUCUACAGCUUUUGAACUGGUGAGCACACUCUUCAGUGUGACAGGAUAGGCACACCUAUAUGGUGCCUUUCAGGUACUGGUUGAAAGAUCUUAGCUGUCUUUUAUAACACUAUGGUCUGGGACAGACACCACAAGUGACAACACUGAAAGUACUGAGAUUGUGAAGGCAGGGGAGGGCUAUGUAUAUUUUAUCUUUUAUAUUAAUCCACAUAUUGUGGCUGUGAAUGCAAAGGGUGCAUAUAUACACAACUCUGUCCUUUUUUCCAAGUGAAGAAUCAUUGAAACAGAAUGUAGGACUGGAAGGAACCUUAAUAAAUCUAGUCCAGUCCCCUGCACUGAAGCAGGAUUAAGUAUCAUCUAGACCAGAAUGUAAGUGAAAGUGCUAGUGGGGGAUGCGUAGUCAGUGCUUUUUAAAGAGAAGAAAGGUGGUCAUUUUUACUUCUUGUUUAUAAGGCACCCAAAAAGGCUCCAUCCACAGCACAUUAAAGACUCCGGGGAUACUUCAACAGAUGGUAUCCUCAGUACCUGCUAGUACUUCCCAGCCCUUUGGGAGGCCAACCUAUUCAGCAGAGAGCUCAGCCUACUAUAGAAGCAUUGUGAGAAAAUAUUGUACAGGUCGAGUCAGCCAGUUGGCAUAAAAAAAGCAGUGAAGUGAGAGUUUCUGCAUGACUGGGAAUGAAGGGCAAGUAUAGCUGGACAGCUGAGGGCUGGAUGGAAAGUAUAUGGGAUGGGGAGGAGAAGGGAGGUUUCUCCCACCAACUAGAGGGGGGUGAGACAGUUGACUGUCCAUUUAAAAAGACCUCCCCAGGUUGAGUGAUUUUACCUGAUGUAAGCUGUAUGCUCCUUUGCUUCUAUCGCUUCAUCAAGACAAGAUGAUUGGGGUGAAGCUAUGGAAAAUUUGACACUAUUGCAGGUUUUGGAACAGACUGGGCAGCUGGCCAGAUCAGUGCCCAUCCCCAUGCUAAAAUAUCUGCAGGACUUCCUGAUGUAUGCUCAGUGUGGUUCUCACCAACAUUGCUGUCUUGAGCUCCACUACUAUUCAUGGCAGUAAGGCCAGAUAGAAAACAAGCUAAUGAUUUAAAGCCUUUUUUUUUUUUAAACAAAAGAAAUUAGCAUAAUUUGCUGUCUUUUAUGCCAAAUGUCAGCCUGAAUUGAAUGAAAAUAGGAAAGUUAUGUAAUCGCCUCCUUUAAAAUCAGGAGCUCGUGAAGAAAAUAGUGAUUUAGCAUCAGCCAUUGCAAACACUAUGCUAGUCUAGAAGGAUAAAUCCUCAAAGAUAAAUACCCUGCCUUUGCUUCAACUCUUAUUUUAUGUUAAAGGGGCAUCAACAACUUAUCACACUUCCCUCUGAAAAUUCUGGACCCAGUAUUGUUAUAACGAAGGGUGCUAUAAUCGAAAGGGGUGGGAGAAAAAAUUGUUUCUUUCUACCUUUGCAUUUGACAACACUUUACAUAUUUCCCCUGAACAGCUUGUCAAUUUGUGAAGAUCUCUGACAAGAGGGAAGAGCAAAUACUUUUAAAAAUAGGAAAAUGCAAUUUUAAAGUUACCAAAUUUCAGAGGGACACAGAGGCCGGGGUAGAAAUUGAAACUGCUUUUAACCUUUUCCCCCGAUUAACCAGAUUUGAAGUUGUCUAUGUCCCUUUAAAUGUAAACAUUAGUGCACUGACGAGUCCCUGCCUUCCACACUGGGAAGUAUGAAGGGCCAGGUCUUGAUCAUCUUGGGGUAUGUCUACACUACAGCCUAGUCUAUGGCACUGCAGCUGUGCACGGUAGGAAGCAUCUACACUACGGCGCUACAUCACCAGAAUGGGUUUUUCCAUCAAUGUAGUUAAUCCACCUCUCUGAGAGGCAGGAAGCUAGGCUGAUGGAAGAAUCCUUCCUUUGACUGCAUCUGUACAGGGGUAGGUCACCCUAAUUAUGGGUGCAAAAAUUUUCACAGGCCCUGAGCAACGUGGCUAGAUCGACCUAAGUUUUACGCGUAGACUAGGCCUGAGUAUUGAAGGAAUGUAUGUGUGAGUGAGUGCAUGUAUGAGCGAAUGUGUAUGUGCUUUAUAUAUAAAUUUAAUGUUUCCCAGUAGAGGAUCUUUACUGUGAUUUAGACUGUAAACGUUAGACUAGGAUAACACAUAAGUGAUAUAAAAUGAGCUGUUAGCGUUCCUUUGCGGCGUAUGUAAGAUUGGCGAGUAAUGGGAAAUGUAAAGUUCUGCUGUGCUUCCAACGACCCGUAACAGCACAUAUAUCAAACUGAACUGAAUGUUCAUUGAUAUAGAAACAAAACUGAAAUGUUUACAGCAUACAGAGCAAUAUCAAAGCAUACCUCAUGCCAGUCCCCGAGUGCCUCUCACCUGUCGGUGCAUAUCUGUCUCCUCUCCCUGUAUGCCUCUCACUUGUCCCUAUAAACCUACCCUCACAUUCCCCAUACCUGUCCCUAUGUACUUAUUGCUUCUCAUUUAUCUCUGCACACACGUUCAAUAUCCUCACAAAGCUGUCCCUGCAUACCUCUUGUCCAUGGAUACCUUUCCCCUCUUCUCACCAACCUCUCAGCCAUCACUGCAUACCUAUUAUUUCAUGGUUCUCAUUUAUCCUCACAUACCUGUCCCUACAGACUUGUCUUCUGUUGUCACAUACCUAUUCAUGAUGCCUCUCAUUUUCCCCAGAUACCUGUCUGCUGUCUUUUCAUAUCUUUCCAGCAUACCUCUGACUGUCACUACACACUCUGCUGUGUAGCUGUCACCUGUCCCUACACACCAAUUGCCUGUCAUCUCUUACCUGUCAGUUUCACACAUCCUGGCUACAUUCCAUUCACCUCUUGUGCUGGAGCUGCUGUAGUCAUCUUAUGUCUUAGUACAGCUCUUGCUCUGACACACAAGUCAAAGAUCACAGAACUGAAACCAAGGUAUGUUUGCUGCUACGUCAGAAAUGAUUUCCCCCUCACGCACAUUUGUGGGGCAUUCUGAAGCUUUUGGCUUGCUCCUAAUUUUGUGUCCCCUUUUCUCCAUCUUUAAAGCUUCACAUGCCAUGUUUGCUGGCAGGGUGUGACAAAGUGAGGGGGGGCUGGUGCUUUCGUUACUCCGGUUCUACUAUUAGAUUAGGAGUCAAUAGCUGUUUUGUUGGGAUUACUGCUGUGCUUCCUUUUAGCUUCCCAAUUUCCACAAGGCUGUGUUCAUAUACAGAUGUGUCACUUAUAUUUGCUUAGUCAUGGUGGGUUAUUUUUGCUCUGCACCGCCCCUUGGCUUUAUUAAAAAGCUGUACCUCUAAUUCAAGGCUGUGUAAUAAACUCAGUUGACGCUCCAGGGCAUGAAUGUGGAAGGGUAAGGGGGCAGGGGAGGAAGGGAACUGUGAGGCGGAGUCUCUAAUCACUAAAAAAUGAACCAUUUGUGCAGAAAGGCACGUAAGGAGAGACUGGCUGUCUGAGGCUCUUGGGAGAAUCCACAACCCAAGGGUGUUGUGGAGGUCUUGGCUCUGGUGUUAGGCUCUUGUCUCCGGUCACUGCUUCACACUUUCAGUCCUUUUCUGUCGGGUUUGAAGCCCAGCUGACCAGUUAACCGACCCAGAUGGGCUGUGGUCCAAUUCCCAGCUUAUUUUCCUCUCUGGUAUUCACAGUACAAUUUGCUAAGCUAGAGUGGUGGAGCUGCUAUUGACUCAAUGGUCUGCUCUUGUAUCUGUAUGUAUCCCAGUACUCUUCACUCUUUCACGCUGCUGGGCCCACAGGCUGAAUCUAAACCACUGCAGAUCAGGAUCAGCUCUGCUUUCACAUACUGUAGAGCAGUGGUUCUCAAACUAGGGCAGCCACUUGUUCAGGGAAAGCCCCUGGCGGGCCGGGCUGGUUUGUUUACCUGCCGUGUCUGCAGGUUCGGCCGAUCGUGGCUCCCACUGGCCAUGGUUUGCCGCUCCAGACCAAUGGGGGCUGCAGAAAGGACGGCCAGCACAUCCCUCGGCUCGGGCAGCUUCCCGCAGCCCCCAUUGGCCUGGAGCGGCCAGUGGGAGCCGAGAUCGGCCUAACCUGGGGACUCUGCAGAUAAACAAACCGGCCAGGCCUGCCAGGGGCUUUCCCUGAAAAAGCGGCAGCCCUAGUUUGAGAACCACUGCUGUAGAGUGCAGAGCCAACCACAUUGCAGUAUGAGGAGUAUCUCUGUAUAUUGCUCUGCUCAUGUCUACAUCUGCCAGUUAAAAAGGGAUGGGGGAGGGGAGAAGGACAUAUGAUUUUAUAUUUACUUGUGCAACAGAAUGGGUCUCAGUGGGAUUUCCAGCAAUGAGAGCAGGCAAUGAGUAAUCCAUGGGAUGGAACUGGCUUCUUUAAGAACUGUGAGCCAAGUGUCUCAUCUCCCUUAUAUUGUCUCUCUUCCUUUCUUUACAAUCAGAACAGGGACCUGGGUUUCCAUUUUUCCUUGUGUCAAAGCCACCAAUACCACCUUGAAUCUGCAUCCUUCAUUAAAAGGAUCAGAAAUAAGGAUGCCAGUGAAAACAUGAAUGGGGAGAGGAAACUUUCAGUACCAGCUGGUAUUACUAGGCUGGGUAAUUUGGUACCAGGCCUGAGCAGAAUGCAAGUUAAGGUGUCCUCCUAACCACACAUGCUUCCAGGAACUUUGUGUGGUUCAGAAGGACUCAUGAGAGCCUUAGCUUAGGGAGGAGUGAAUUGCAAAUUGAAUCACAGGACAGCUUGACUUGGAGCCCAGCUUCUUUAAGAUGCUAUCUAUUCUAUGGUUCUCAUGCCAUUACCAUCACCAUGGUAUCUGCACACCAGAGUUGUUGUUAGCAGAGCUUCAACUGCAGUUUGGACAGGACCUAGAAGCUGAUUUCUGUAGAUCUUCCUAUUUGCCAUGGAAGUUUAAGAUGAAGGCAGUGGUUAGGGUUUCCAUCUGGAGUUCCCUCUACAUUAGCUGCUCUUGUUUGAAAGAGUCACUUAGACCCAAUUCAUAUGAGAUAUUUGGCUGAUGUCUUUGUCAUUAUCACUGAUUUACGUCAUUACAAUGUAAAAUGGAAUACUGUCAUUCACCUUUACUGUAGCAAAUACUGUGAGGAUGUAAUAAACACAAACUGAAAACUG